UAUUUGUGGCCCUUUGGGUCGUCCGUCUGUUCGGGUCGAAUCUCGACAGUCCAUUGAUUUGUGUCUUGAGCCAUCCGGGGCUCGACCUGUCCGGUUCUUUUUUGGGGUAAUUCAGGGAUCGGGCCAAGAACAUGCGACCCGGAUGGAGAUUAUCUGUCCUUCGUGAUGGGUUACGUGAAAAGUUAUGAUUUUUCUGCCGAUUUUGUCAUUUUCUCGGACGAUCUCUUAGCCUUGCCUGCUCGCCGGAGCUCUUCCGGUGGCUUGUGAUGCUCUCAAUUAGGACAGCAAUUAAGCUCGCGUUUUUUUAGUUAUUAAUUAAUGGAAUUUCUUUAUUAAUUAUAGGGAAGAAUAUAGAAAGAAAUUGCUGCAAUCUUUAUUUUAUUUUAUUUUGAAUGUCAUCAUUAUGACACUGUUUUAUGACAAUUAUAUAAUUUUAAUAAAUUAUUAAAAUAUAAAAUACCAGAGAAAUUUUAGCGUGUGAUGGUGAUUGGUGGGGGUUGAAAUGUGAAUUGAGUUUGAUCAUAUAUAUCUACUAAAAAGUGUGGGCCUGGUCCGGUCACUUGUUUCAACCCUGUUGGGCCGAACCGGGCCCACGCCUGGGACCCAUUGGUUCUUGCUCAUUAUUUCUUUAGCCCUGGUAUAUUCCAGUAGUCCUAUCCUAUACCGUGUAAAAAUAAAUAAUUAAUAAUAAUGAAAAAAGAAAAAAAAUCUAUGCCAUUUAUUACAGACUGCCCCAUGUAGGUGAAGUUAGCUCAAACUGCCCCUUAAAAUUUCAAAUAUGACAGCUUGCUCCCAAGUGACAGGAAGGUCACUAUCGUGCUCAGAUUUUGAUUAUCAUAUGGCGAUUGAGGCGAGGGCGAAUAAUUUAUUUAGAGUUGGGAUGGUUUGAUAUGUUUAGUUAGCUUAUUAAUAAUCUAUCUGGGACAAAAGAUAUGACGAGCCAGGAAAUGGGUCUGGUAUCCGAGGUUGUUGACAUGUUUGGCAUGAAGAAAUGGAGACGCUUAACAUGUUAAAACCAAUCACUACUUCGUAUGGUAAUUCCAGUGUGUUCGCUUUCCGUCCUGCGACUGUGGCACCAAACAAGACUGCAAGGAUUUGAUGACACAUAAAGUGAGAUUCAUGAUGUGAACCUCCUCUGGCAACCUGCUGGUAAGGAAACGAUCGACUACUUCGAAAUGAAAGAUCUUUGGGAUUGCUAUAGAGAGUGGAGCGCCUUUGGUGCAUGCACCAAAGUCGUGUUUCCCAGCGGAGAGACGGUUAAGAAGUACUACAUCCCUUACCUGUCAGCUAUCCAAAUUUACACCAACAAGCCUGUUUCUCUGAACAGGGUCAAGAGUGAGGGUAGUAGUAACAGCGCAGCGGAGUUUGAGAGCGACUCUUGGAGUGAUGACAGUGGCAGCGAUAAGCUCUCGAGGUCCCUCAGCGACAACUCCAGCAAGACAUGGGACAACAUUUCUGAGGAUUCAAGCUUAGAUCAGGCAGUCUCGUGGCCCGUGAGAGAGAAAUUCGGUCACAUUUACUUGGAAUACUUCGAGUCGUGUUGUCCUAGCUGGAGGGUCCCAAUGAUGGACAAGAUCAAUGAGCUAGCGAAGGACCAUCCCGCACUCAUGACGCUUCGAAGCAUGGAUGUUUCGCCUGCAAGUUGGAUGGCUGUUGCUUGGUAUCCUAUAUACCACAUCCCGAACAUCGGCAACAAGGACUUGUCAACUUGCUUCCUCACAUACCAUACAUUGUCUUCAUCUUUCCUAGACAACGGUGAGGAACUCGAUGAGAAAGAAACAUUGAAGGAUACAUGCUGCAAGGAGCGAGCUCAUGACAAGAUUUCUCUGAGUCCGUUUGGGUUGGCCACCUAUAAGAUGCAAGGAGAUCUUUGGGUGAACCCCGAGAUGACGCCCGAGUACCUGAAGUUCAUGCACCUUCAGAACGCGGCGCAUUCGUGGUUGAAGCAGCUAAACGCGUACCACCAUGACCUCAGCUUCUUCACCCACCACUCGGCCUUGUAGAAAACAGGUGAGCAGUGAGAUGUAAAUCCGCCUCUUUCGAGACUUUCUACCCCUUUCUCUAGACUAUGGAGAACUCGUGAAAUCACCACCGAAAACCCUAAACUGUGAUGCCGGGAGGUUGAGAAUCCGAUGAUGAUUUUGUUGAGAGGAGUUUUUUUUUUUUCUUGCAAAAAAACCUUUCAUGUUGGAGUAGAGUUUGAGCAGACUUUGUGGAGGAAGAGAGUAUCUUGUUCUCUCUCUUUUUGACGAGGAACGAAUAAAAUCUUGUACAGGGUUAUACGAUGUGUGUAUUGGUUUCCCUAGCAGCAUGUA